AUGACUCUUAAAUCACCCAAAACAAUUUGGGAUUAUCUGAAAGAGGAAUACGCUGGAAAUGAUAGAAUACGAAGCAUGCAAGUGCUGAAUUUAAGGAGGGAAUUUGAGCUUCAAAGGAUGGAAGAGUCAGAGACAAUCAAAGAAUACUCAAACAAAUUAUUGGGUAUUGCCAACAAGAUAAAGUUGUUGGGAAGUGAUUUUGCUGAUUCAAGAAUUGUAGAGAAAAUUUUGGUAACGGUGCCGGAGAGGUAUGAAGCAUCUAUAGCUUCAUUGGAGAACACAAAGGAUCUGUCGAAAAUCACAUUGGCAGAAGUGCUACAUGCCCUGCAAGCUCAAGAGCAGCGAAGGUUGAUGAGGCAAGAUCGUGUUGUCGAAGGUGCUUUGCCCACCAAACAUCACGAAGUUGAUGAAAGCAAAAAAGAUUUUUUCAAGCAGCGAAAAUAA